CGUGAGGCCAAAGGUGAGCAGACCAUCUUCAACUAUCGCAAACCCUGCAAACUGCACAUUCAAGCGCCGUGGCUUUGUUCACCUGACCUUUUGGACCUGCUCACAACGUGCAGAAGCAGUUUAGCCGGAGGAUCGGACACUUGCAGGCGUGCUUCGCUUUUGGAAACAAACGCACCUUUGGAGAUUCCGCCUUUUGCGCCCGUGUCGCUCACGUUACUCGUCGCCGGUCUCGCCUUUCCGUCACUUGUCCUUCAGAUCCAACACCUCCUGCUCCGAGCAUCCAGUCGCAUAGACAGGCGUGUUUUGUGUCCCCUCGCCCGACAAGCUCUUCUUUCGUCCUGUCGCCCGGCUCACCACUCCAACUGCUGUUGCAGACAUGUCGUUAGCCACGAAUCGGUUACAGGAAGAGCGCAAGAACUGGCGUCGCGAUCACCCUUUCGGCUUUGUCGCAAAACCCGUGCGAAACCCAGAGAAAGGCACACUCGACCUACGGACGUGGGAAUGCGCCAUUCCAGGCAAGGAGAAGACGAUAUGGGAGGGCGGCCAAUUCAAGCUGCAGAUAACAUUUCCUGACGAGUACCCCACCAAGCCGCCCAAGUGCAAGUUCGUGCCGCCUCUCUUCCAUCCGAACGUAUAUCCAUCCGGCACCGUGUGCUUGAGCAUUCUAAAUGAGGACGAGGGCUGGAGGCCUGCAAUCACAAUCAAGGAGAUUCUUCUGGGCAUUCAAAGUCUUCUGAAUGAACCCAACCCGGAGUCACCAGCCCAGGCCGACGCAUAUAACCUGUUUAAGAAGGACAAAGUGGCAUACGAGCGCAAAAUCAAGCAGGUCGUUCGGGAGAACCCCCAGCCUUGAUCGGAUCAAUUAGGACUGUAGGCUCUUGAGACAGAUAAGCCCGAUAUCAACGGAAGACAUAUUCAUGUGGGAUGGAGUAAAUGGUUUGCUUUCUUCUAUCUUUUGUGGAACAAGCGGAGACAUGGUCAUGAUAUUCAUUCUGUCUUUAUUUUUUUUUAUUGUCGAAAGAGAUUCACACGGAAGUAAACGGCGCGGGGCAGACACUUUGCAGCUGGUUCUUUUGAGAGAACCCAUUGAUGUCCAAUACAGAGCAAAUGCUAUUUCUCAUCCACAACUAUCUCUUCGCAGAUAUAUUGAGAUGAUUCUCAGAUAUGGAUUAUGCUUGGAAGCAUCGUGGAUCACAAGCAUAAUGAUGUCUGAUGUAGGAAGAAGUACUAUUAAAUAAAUGUGUUAUGUCUCACAGCGCAAAAUCAACCCGUGCGCGCUAGGCUGCGCUUGCAAUAUCAU